UUAUGUAGUUAGGAGAGCUGACUGCUAAAGAGAAAAUGACAUCUCCAGAAAAAGUUGAUGAUGCCUCAUCACCCAUCCGAGGACCUGGAGAUGGCAUGGAAACAGAGCAGACAGCUGAGUCGGUGGAAGUAGUCACUGGAGCCAACACCACGAAGCAGCACAUCCACCACAGCCCACAUAAAAAGACAGUCCCUUCCCUGAGUCCCGGAGUUCUGCAGCUAGGGAAAGUACAUGCUGAUAAAUCAGUGGAGAUUGAAGCUGUUCGUAUAUUAGUCCCCAAGGCAGCUAUCACCCAUGUUGUUCCAACUAAAAAUACUAAGGUAGCUAAAUCAGUGGGACAUAAAGGAGACCUGUUCCAUCAGUCAGAUGGAGCUGCAGAUCCCAAGAAAGAACAGAUAGAGCUGAAAAAUGCGAUCGAAAAGCUAAAGAAUUCAGAAAAGCGGUUGUUACAGGAUAAAGAAGGUCUCUCUAAUCAGCUACGUAUACAGACAGAGGUGAAUCGGGAGCUGAAGAAAUUACUUGUUGCUUCUGUUGGGGAUGAUCUGGAGUACCACUUUGAACGGAUGGCUCGUGAGAAAAAUCAGCUAAUCCUAGAAAAUGAAGUCCUGGGGCGGAAUAUGUCUCAGUUGUCUGAACAAUUAGAGCGCAUGUCCAUACAAUGUGAUGUGUGGCGAAGCAAAUUCCUAGCAAGCAGGGUUAUGGCUGAUGAGCUAACCAAUACCAGAGCAAUUCUUCAGCGUCAAACCAGGGAUGCACAAAGUGCAAUCCAGGACUUGCUGAAUGAACGCGAUCAGUUCCGUCAAGAGAUGAUUGAUACACAGAAGCUGCUGGAGGAGCUGAUGGUUUCUCUUCAAUGGGGAAGACAACAGACAUACUAUCCUAGUGCCCAGCCUUACACUACAACAGAGCUAGCAGCUGUGAAUUGUAAGCUAGCCAAAGCUGUAAGCUCACAUCUUCUUGGAAAUGUUGGCACUAACAGUCCAAAAAAGACUUCAACAGCUGUGGAGUUUUGCAAUACCCCUGCUGAGAAGAUGGCUGAAAUGGUGCUACGUGUACUGGAUCCAGCUGCAUGUACAGAAACAACAGAAGUUUCUUUUUCUGAGGCUUCUCCAUCCUCCUUCCUUUCCACAAAGAAGAGUAUUGGAAGGUUUCACCCAUAUACAAGAUACGAAGAUGUAACUUUCAAUUGUUGCAAUCGCUGUCAAGGAGAGCUGAUAGCCCUUUAAGAACACAGCCAAUGCAACUGCACAUGCACUCUUUCUGAAGAAUUACACUAGUUGACAUUCAGCAGGCUUCCCUUUUUCCUAUUUCUUUCCAUAAUGGGUGGGUUUAACAUUGCAGUUUCUGCUUCUAUACCUCUUGAAGUUAGGGACUGACAGGAUUUCCUUAGCCUCUGGGAUACUUCUACUACUUUUCAGUCUG